UGCGCUUUCAGUGUGGGGGUGAUGGUGUUACGCAGGGUCAGAUAGCACAUUCUGGUGAGUGCUAAACCUCCAUGGGAAAUAGCUGGGGGUUCAGCUUUGACCACAGGUAACUUCAGCUGAACAUAAGGAGCACUAACCGGCUUAAAAAAAACAACAACGACUAGAAACACUGGCUUGUUUGUAGCACCAGACAUCAGUUUUUCCUCUCACGCCAAAUCAGUGGCGUCCAGAGAAGGAGUCACUCGCAGACUGGGAGGGAGUUUCCACGUGUGCGCGUGUGCUUUUGUGAGUCAUUUCGUCUUGGUUCAAGUACGUGUCUUUCUGUGGGAGCUUGAGAUCAGGCAGACCGAUUUUGUCUUGCCUUUCAAAGCAUCAUAGAUGAAAGCUUUUCCUCAAAGAAAACCACAAGAGAACUGGACUGUAAGAGGGAGAAAAUGAUGGCUGUGCAGACAACGAGGCCAUAAGAGGCCUGAAUACACUGAUCUGGGAUGGGAAACUCGGAGAGUCAGUAUAGGAUCCAGGGCACUAGAAGCAAUAGCUUUAUUAUCCCUGACCGAGAGAAACCCUGUUCAUUCAGCGUCCACUCCAGCAAAGAAGACGUUUUAUCACCUUUAGGCUUUUGGAAUGCUGGUUCAAGAUUUUCUAGAUUGAAAUCCGGAAAUGAAGGUGAAACUUCCUCCACGUCUAAGAGCAGCCGGGCGUUUAUAUCCCGCCAGUAUGACUUCAUCACCCAGAAACUAAAGAGUGGUAGUCAGUGGGAUGAAGUUCCUGAGGACCUGUUGCCUGGUGGCUGCUUGAUGUUGCCUUCGGAAAAGGACUGCUUGUAUCGCAAUCACAAGGAGAGGAGAAAAACAUGUAAUAAAUAUGCUCUUAAUGCAAUGAAGACACCUGAGAGAAGUCUCAGACUUGAGGACAUUGAAGACCAGAGCAGCCCUAGGGUUGUCAUAAAGAAAGAUGGUAGCGUACGUGUGGAAUUUAACAAUAGUCCCAAUAGUGCCCUUAUUUUAAAUAAUUGCACUGAACCAGUUCAGCUCCUCAAAUUUUCCCCCACCAUGGAGUCCACUUGUGGUUUAUCUGCUGCAGGACCCUCAUUGGAUUCUCAUAAUGGAGCAGCACAGGCAAUGUCCAGCUUGAAAAGCAGCAAAGGUAGCUCUCUGAGCUCAGAUGGCUCUUUGUACGACUUGCCUUGGAGGACCAGCGUCGAACUUAAUGAUUCAGACAAUGCUUCUCCUGACCAGCAAAGGCAAACUGUUUCUACAAACACAGGCUUUUUUGAUGAGCAGUUGCCAGCCAUUACUACAACCGACCUCUACAGGGAUCCCAGAAUUGCUUCCACCUUCCCCACGGUCAAGGAUUUGCAGUGUUCAAAUGGCAGCCGUUCACACCACAGAUCCUCCUUUGUGUCCGUGAUGGAGGGACUCAGUUCAGAAGGGGUCCCAGAGGAACAGCAGUAUUCCUCCUUCACCUUGCCUUGCCGGAAAUCCAAAGCUUCUCCUGAAAAUAAUGGAAAGAAAGCGUCGAUUAGGAGCAGAUUUAGACGCAUCAGUGACUGGACCGGAAGUCUGACCAGGAAAAAGAAGUUUCAGGAGCCCAGAUAUAACGAGCCGGUCGAUUGCUUUGACAGCGGUGUGGAUGGACUCACUGCAGAUACCAGUUCCCCCUCUCAGGUCUCCAGCCUUAUGGCUACCUCCAAUGGCAUGUCUCAAUCCUGCUCUCUCUCUCGCUCGCUGCACAGCCGCAGUGGCUCUGCCGGAGCCCUUAAUUUAGGAAAUGACAUUCUACGGCAAAACAUCUACAAGAAUUUUAUGAUGGAGUUAAAGACUGCCCGGCUUCCAGCAGAAAGAGGAGCUGAAGAUUGGUGUGAGAGCUCCUCAGAGGAAACAGGAAGCAGUAGUCAAGAAAUCCCGGGGUCUCUGGAGCAGCUGGAUUUGCUGUUCGAGAAAGAACAAGGGGUAGUUAGGCGAGCUGGGUGGCUGUCCUUCAAGCCCUUGCUCACUGUACACAAGGACCGCAAACUGGAGCUAGUGAGCCGUCGAAAAUGGAAGCAAUUCUGGGUCACUCUCAAGGGUUGCACACUGCUGUUUUAUGAAACCUAUGGAAAGGCAUCUUCAGAGCCAGAAUCUCCAUGCUAUGCCUUGUUCGCAGAAGAUGGCGUAGUCCAGGCUGUUCCCGAACACCCUAAGAAGGAGAAUAUCUUCUGCCUUAGUAACACCUAUGGCGAUGUCUACCUUUUCCAGGCCUCCAGUCAGACUGACCUAGAGAACUGGGUUACUGCCAUUCAUUCAGCAAGUGCCUCUUUGUUUGCGAAACGCUACGGCAAAGAGGACACACUGCGAUUGUUACGUGGGCAGAUCCGUGGCCUUCUCCAGAAAAUCGACAUGGAUGGCAAAAUGAAGAAAAUGGCCGAGCUUCAGCUGUCCGUCGUUGGGGACCCCAAAAACAGAAAAGCUAUUGAAAACCAGAUUCAACAAUGGGAGCAGAAUCUCGAGCGCUUCAAUAUGGACCUUUUCCGCAUGCGAUGCUACCUGGCCAGUCUGCAAGGAGGCGAGCUCCCCAACCCAAAGAGCCUCCUAGCCACGGCCAGCCGCCGCACCAAAGCUGCACUAGCCCGAUUGGGAAUCUUCUCCGUCUCCUCCUUCCAUGCACUGAUCUGUUCCAGAGAUGAGGCCACGAUGCGAAAGCGCUCUCUGUCUCUCUCCCACAGAGGCCGCAGCAAGAAAGGGGUCUUUUCAUCCCUUAAGGGCCUGGAUACUCUUACCAAGCGAGGCCAUGAAAAAAAGCAUUCUCUCUCACAGGACCUCAGUGAAUUGAGCUGCUGUUCUUACAGUGGUCUUCCGCAGGUCUUUGACAGUGAUGGCGGAGCGCAGCUAAAUUCCGUUACACAUUGUAGUUUUAAGCGGUUAGGCAGUUUGACGAAUGUUUACUCAAUUGUGCCACCUGAAGGCAGCCAGUGGGAUUGCAGUCGAGAAAGCACAACAUGCAUCUACAUGCCAAACUGCCAGACUGUUACUGUUCUCCUGAAAAGUCAUCACACUGUCAUGGAUGUGUUGGCUGAGACCUGCAUGCUCGUGGGCCUGGACCCCAGCACACACUGUUUGAGGCUGAGAAGAUUCACAGGAGACAAGAUGGAGAUCUCAACACCAUCAGCUCAUGAGCUUCUGCAAGGCUUGCCAUAUGACGAAUUGGAAGUUAGCCAGCUGCAAGUCUACACUCUGCACAUGUCUAGACCCAGUCUAACUGGAGACUUUGGCUUUGCUGUUACAGGCUAUGUAGACAGCCUCAAAAACAGCCAUAUCAUUGUCAGCGAAGUUCUCCCUGAUGGGCUCGCUUUCAGCAAAGGUCUUAGGCCUGGUGAUGAGAUCGUGGUUCUGAACGGUUGUGAGGUGUCUUCUCUGGACCUGACUCUCAUACAGACUUUAUUUAAUGAGCAGAAUCUGCAGCUGACUGCGAAACGUCACCUGCCCUCCAUUCCACAUGAUUCAGACACAGCAAACGUGCAGUCCCCGUACAGAGAUAUCCAUCAAAACCGCCAGAGAGCCAAGUCCUCAACAGAUGUGUCCUGUGUGACAGAAACCUUGUCUGUAAAUGAUGGUCUUCAAGAUUCUUACCACAACCAUCGCCAAGUUCAUCACAGCAAGAGUGUGGACACGGUGUGUUCGCUGUACCACUCCUACCAGGAAGGCUCUGGAGGUCUGAUGGAGAGCCAGGAGGAGCAAACGGGGCCUGAACCCGCUAUCCUCAGGCCCUGUCCGCGUCAUAUGUCUGCCACAGAGAGACUACGCAAGGUCAUCCAGGAAUUAGUGGAUACAGAGAAAUCCUACGUAAAGGACCUCAACUGCUUGUUUGAAAUCUACCUGAAGCCCCUGCAAAAGGAGACCUUUCUCACUCAAGAUGAGAUGGAAAGCCUAUUUGGCAGCCUUCCAGAGAUGCUGGACUUCCAGAAAGUUUUCCUGCAGACCCUGGAAGAGAAGAUUAGUUCCUCCCCCAACUUCAACACGUUCGAGACCCCUGUCCAAUUCAAGAAGCUGCUCUUCUCUCUGGGUGGCUCAUUUCUGUAUUAUGCGGAGCACUUCAAACUGUACAGCGGCUUCUGCGCCAACCAUAUUAAAGUGCAGAAGGUUCUGGAACGAGCUAAAACAGAUCGAUCUUUUAAAGAGUUCCUCGAUGCUAGGAACCCGACCAAGCAGCACUCAACCACGCUAGAGUCCUACCUGAUCAAACCAGUGCAGAGAGUGCUGAAAUACCCCCUGCUGCUCCGCGAGCUGGUGUCUCUGACGGACACGGACAGUGAGGAGCACUACCACCUCACAGAGGCGCUUAAGGAAAUGGAAAAGGUCGCAAGCCAUAUAAACGAAAUGCAGAAGAUCUACGAAGACUACGGUGCAGUGUUUGACCAGCUGGUGGCAGAGCAAAGUGGCACAGAGAAAGAGGUCACAGAGAUAUCUAUGGGACAGUUCCUCAUGCAUUCCUCUGUGAUCUGGCUCAACCCGUUCCCAUCGUUGGGCCGUAUGAAAAAGGAUCCCGAGCUGACUGUUUUUGUUUUUAAGAGAGCCGUGAUACUGCUGUACCGGGAGAACAACAAGGUGAGGAAGAAGAUGGUGACUUCAAGAUCAGCCCACGGAGAUCAGGAUUCAUUCAAGUUUCGCUGGCUCAUUCCCCUGUCAGCGCUACAGGUCAGACUGGGCAACACUGCAGACACAGACUGCCUCUGGGAGCUGAUUCACACCAAAUCACAAAAGGAGGGCAGGCCUGAGACGGUGUUCCAGUUGUGCAGCAGCACACCAGAGUGCAAAGUGAAUAUCAUCAAGGUGAUGCGCUCCAUCUUGCGGGAGAACCUGCGUCGAAACAUGCAAAGGGUUGAACAGUCUGAGAGAACCUGUAAAAAGCGGCUUACUCCCCUUCGGAAAAGCCUGCCAGCUUCGGCUAGGAUAGGUUCUUCUCGAGCCUUUUGGCUAGCCAAACAACCUUCAAACGACAGUCCCGUUCCCAGCAAUGAUCCACUGAGGCUGUCUCUAGCAGAUUCUGAUUCAGCCAGUGCUAGCAGUGGAACCACCAGCAGUGCCAGCGCUCCUCUAGAUCCGCCAUCACAGCAGCAGAGCGGCCUCAGAGAAUCCAGCAUAAUCAGCGAUGAGGACGAAGACGGCAGCGAGCCGGCUGAUUGGACGGAUGCUCCCAAUGCUAUCGAGGUCCAAUUUCGCAAGCUUGGUCUGACCGAGGAGACCUCCCAGGCAGCUGCUCCACGUGUGCAGCCGGAGAGCGGAGAAGUGGACACUCCAGAAAGGAAGGCUUCUCUAAAGCGAGCUCACUUUGCUGUGGUCAAACGCAAGCCCGCCAGAGACACGAAUAGCCUCAGACGCAGUCAGGUGGCCCUGCUGAACAUGCGUAGACACAGCCACUCUUUGGACAUCCCAGCGGAGAUCGCGGCACAUAGUGUAGACCUGAACUCGCUACUGGAGAAAGAUUUCAGCGUGCAGAGCCUGACCUCUGUUGUCAACGAAGACUUCUUCUAUGACAAUCCCAUGGAGCCAAAGAAUGUGACAACUUCAUAGCAGAUCAAGUUUAGGUGUGCUACGGUGAGCCACACACAUCCUUUCCAAAGUUACUAGCCAGUUCAUGCUAGCCAAUUCAGAGUCUUAUUUUCAGCAUAUGUGGAACCCCAGUUUAACAGAGCUUUAUUAAGGGUGGUGUAAAGCGUUGAAUAAUUCCCUGUGUUUCACAGCACUAAUUUACUGAACUGCCCACAUAGCAACUGUUUUGCACUAGUGAACCAAAUUACAGGCCUUCAUCGUGCUUUUGUAAAACUAAGACUGAUCUGCUCUCACACACACACACACACACACAUACUAAAGAGCUAUUCAACUUCAGGAACCAAACUCUGUCAGGUUUUUCAUUUUGCCUUUGUUCUUUGGACACUACAAAUCCUUUUUUUUUAAGUAUUGCUUUUAUCUCUGUCAUGGAUUUGCUCUGUAUAAAACAUUUGAUCUAUUUAUUGUUUUAUUAUUACUAUUAUAAAUAUUUAUUUUUAAUAGGAACUCAAAUGUAAAGUAGACAGAUUUGAUCUUGACCGAUACACCAGCUGUGAUAUUAACUGGUGAUCUGUAGACAUUCAGUCAGGAAUAUAAGCGCUAUAGGCUGGAGCUCUACUUCUCAAAUAAAGACUGCAGGAUUUUUUUUAAGGAUGUUUAAAAUCUGUAAAUGUUUUUUUAUGGAUUACUGUAUCAAUUUUAAGUUUAUAUAUGUUUGACACUUCACGGGAAAAACCUGUAAUAAAAGGUGUGAUUAA